AUGGACGACCUCGACAUGGAAGCAUACAAGUUGCUGAUUGACCCGACACCACCUUCCGUGCGCGACAGUCGGCCUGCUUCCAAGAUGAAGCCCAACACGCGCUUUCUCAGCCACAUUGUCCGGGAGGCCAAGUCACACAAUGCCGCCCUUCUUGCGCGCGAGGCGGCAGAUGCACAGAGGCGGCUAAAGCGUCUGGACCGAAAAGGUGGCGGAGAAGGGAAUAGCAGCAGCGACGAUGAGAGGAGAAAACGGCGGAGGCACGGAACCGAUGACUCGGCACGUGAUGACGACCGGCGCCGGAGACGGAGACGGCGUGGGGAUGGUGAUGCCGGUCGAGACGAUAGAGAACGAGAUGGUGAGAGGCACGACAAGCACAGCAGCAGCCACCGGCACCGCAGAAGUCAUCACCAUGAGAGCAGCAGAGAGGACCGGGAGCGGGAGCGGGAGAAGACGGACAGAGACAGGCAUAGCAGGAGCAGGCGCCACCGCGAUCCUGAGGACGGGCAUGCCGAAAAGGCCCACGACUCCUCCAACCACAAGCACCGAAGAGAACGGAGCAAGAGUCCUCGUCUGCGCAGCCGCCGGCGGUCUGCGUCUCCACGGCCGUCGAAGCACAACCAGGACCAUCGUGACCGGGAUCGGUCUCCCUACGACAAUAGCGACCGAGACCAGAGUGACUACAGCUCGGAUCCCUUGGACGAGUUUGUGGGUCCGCAACCGGUCUCGCCCUUGGACCACCUCAAAGACGACAGCAACGACACCGGCAUCCGCAUCCGGGGCCGCGGGGUUCAUUCUGCUGUGACACGAGGUUUUGCUGCUAGCAGCAUGGACCGGCAUUUUGCUGCCGACUACGACCCCUCGGAGGACGUGGAGCACCCGCUACCGGCGUCACCGCCAAAGGUUGCUCCUCGGCUCGCAAGCAUCGUGACUACGGACGCGGAGGCCGAGAUGCAGGAGGACCGCAAAAAGCUCCUGCGUGAUAACACAGAGAGGUUGAAAGCCGCUGGGUUUACGGACAAGGAGAUUGCCAUAAUGUCGCGGGGCGGUCGGCGGCGCCUCGACAGCUCGCCGUGGGCCAAAAAGGGCGAAGCACGGGAAUGGGACCGUGACAAAGUGGCAGGCCAAGAAGGGCCGGCGAAGCCUGCGUGGGCUCGCUAG